UAAAACCCAUACCCCGCCCAAAAUCGUGAAACUGAACAGUGAAAGAGCAUAAUAUAGAUCAAUCCGAAAAAUGUCGAAACGCGACACAUCCGAUUCGGAAUCCGAGGAUGCCUCAAAUUCAAGCUCAGAGUCAGAGGAAGCAGAAGAAAUCAUGUCCAAUGGGAAGAAGAAUCAGCAGCAGGGCGUGUCGGAGUACGAGAAACAGAGGCUUUCGAGAAUUGCUGAGAACAGAGCGAGGUUGGAGGCAUUAGGGUUACCCCAAAUGGCUUCCUCUUUCAAGGGCAUGCCUCAAAAAGCGAAAAACAAGAAGGGUAAACAGAAGGUUGAAGAUGAUGAUGAUGAUGAAGAGUAUAAACCCGAACAUGAGGGAGAACCCAGAUCACAAUCUUCAAGCGAAGAAGAUGGGCACGAUAAAGAUGAGGACUUUGCUGCUGAAAAUGCUGCUGGGACACGGAAAAGGAAGCAACUGCAGGCAAAGAACAAAGGUUUGAAAAUGAAAGGUAGAGUCUCUGGGAAGAAGCAUGGAACUAAUUCAGAGUACAUUGAUGAAGAUGAAGCUUUGAGGCAGGCAAUUGCUCUUUCCCUGCAAGACUCUGCAGAAGGCUCAUAUAGCUCUGACAAGAAUGCAGUGAACAUUAACAACAACAAGGCUGAGAAAAAGGGAAACAUUCACAUUCAUGAAGAUAAUGGAAGAACAAAGAAUAAAAAAUCGUUUACUAGUCGGCUGCAAAUGACCGAAGAUGAACUCGUUUUACACUUCUUCCAGCUUGAUGGGAUGUUCUGGCAUGCAGAAGCAGGAAAAGGAACUGUAACGAUAAGGGAUUUACAAAGGGCAGCUAUAGCUCAUGAUUUUAUAUGGACAGACAGAGAGUUGGCUGAUAUGAUUCGCUACUUUGAUAGUGAUGGAGAUGGAAAGAUAAACCUUGAUGAUUUCCGGAAGAUUGUUGUUCGUUGUAACAUGAUUAAAGGGUCUUAAAAUUCUUGAUAUCAGGGAUAGGAUACAGCACCAUGUUUUUAGGCAUAUGUUAUAGGAUGGCAAGACCAUUAUGAUUCCUUGUGUUCUUUUUGGUAUAUCACUUUGGUAGGUUGAGGCCAUGAUAACUAUAAAGACUCUUAAAUGUAUAUAUUAC